CUUUCAUGACUUCAGAUCUGGCCCACAUUCAUCAAAGCACUCAAGGAAAAAAGCUUUGAAUUCAACAAAAGAUGCCGGCCAAUCAUCUUCUGUGGCUAUGCAGAGCGGUCCUUCCCCAGCUGGUGCGAAGGCUGAGAGUCAGACGAAGUUACCCAAGCCUAAAAUUGAUCUUCGAGCCCUCUUCGAUUACCACUUCACACGGAAGCAGUACCGGUUCCGCGAAAGAUGGAAGCCCACGGAGAGCAAACCAAGGAAGUCUCGCAGAUAUGUCAGAAAAGGGCAGGAAAGGCACAGAAUUCCAGAAGACGAACAGAAGAGGAGAAUGAAAGAUAGAGGAAUUGUAUUUCCUUUCGUGGAGAAAUACUACGGCAAGAAGCAUCUCCCUUUAAAAACGGUGCGAGAAUAUGAGCAUGCAGCGUUGAAGGGGUUUUUCAAAUACAUUGAAAUGUUGAAAUAUGAAGAUCAUUUGAAGAAGUCCUUGACGCGGUUGAAUGCUGUGGGCGAUCUUGAAAAUGAAUGCCUGGAAUCACGGAGGCACAAAUACCUGGAUGACGAUGGACCCAUUUCUCCCAUUGCAGAGACCAGCAACGCGGAUUCUGGUAAUGAAGACAUUGGUGCCAAAAUAGUGGAUAACAGCUGUUUCAUAUUGCGCACUAAAAUUCCCAAGAAAAAGAAGAAAUUGAACUUGAGGAGAAAAUGAGUGGCAUCUUUUUCAGGACAUUUAAAGGGAAUGCCUAGAAGGCAUGCAAAUAAAAAUUUAACAUUCUUGAAGAUCCAAACUCCCUUAAAUAAAGUCUCUUAAAAGCAAGCAAAAUACAAGCCAGCAAAACCACUGAAUGUCCUCCAUGAUGUGCCAUGUAUUUGAAAUAAAGAUUCAAGGACAACUCGAUGAGGCAAAAAUAUGAUUUCGGCUGAUUGUUCUUCGCAAGAAGUUUUUGUGAUUUCGCCAUUCCUGAAAUGCCUCAGAUUGGGAAAUGGAUGCAUUCAGCUUCCCACGUCUACUGUGGUACUUCAGAUUUGCUCAGUUUCUCCUCCCUCCGAUCAAUUUCAUCGUAUUUUCUUGGCCUCCUAAAAAUUUCGACAAAGGGCAACGGCAGCCACCAUCCCUUCCCGCCGUUGAUAUUCAGAAUUUUUCCCAUUUUUAUUAUUCGGCGGCAUAAGUCCACAGCAGCCGCCCACUGUCUACCGCGGAACAUCCCACAGAAAGGCUUGAAGUGCAACCCAGAGGAUUGCCAAUCAGUUGGAAUUCUUUGCCAGCCUUCGAAGGAGCAUUUAAAACCCUGGGAUUCCCUCCAGAGACCCAAGAAAGCAUCGGACAAGGAGAAGAUGAGAACAGAACCCUCCAAGCCGAAGACGAAGCAGCCCUCAAAAAGAGAGUUCCAAAUAAUCAUCAUCCUUCCAGCAGAUAAAGGUUGAACUCAGGGUUAUCAUGGAUACAUUAGAAUAUAUACAAAAAGCAAAAGAAUUAUUAAAAGACCAACCUACACCCAGUGAAUGCGGAUCCCACAGAAAAAAAAACCGAAAUCAUCUGGAUCCAAAGAAAGCUCAGCGACCUCACCAAGAAAGGGCAAAUCGCCAAAGAUGACCAGUGGCCGAUGAAAAGUACUGGACCCGUUCUCCUACAUGCCCCAGAAGUCUGCAGGGCAAGCAGUUGUAUCAUUAUCAGGAACCCCAACAUAACGUCGCUAAAAGGAUUGGCGAAAAGGCUCGGCUAUCUCACAGAGGGAAGCAAAUACUCCAACAACUCCUUACAGUGCCAAGUAAUCCAACACCAAAGCAACUUCAUCCAUAGAUCCAAAAUUAAUCCCAAGAAUUUGUGACUCAUGUCUGUAAAAAUUGGAUUUUCUUGCUGUGCUUUGUAAUUGGCCAUGUAUACCAGCUGGAGGAAGUCUGCAAAAUUCACCUUACG